AAGGUGCCGUGUGCGUGUGCUUGAGUGGGGAUUCGCUGAUAUUUUAGUACAGUUGUAGAAAUAUUGUUUAAGGCGUAACCGUUAAUCGCAUGAAACAUAACGGUAAAAAAAACAGUUUACGGUUUUGUGCACGUAAAACAAUAUUUAAUGAAACGUCACGAUUGUCGAUCUUUGGCUACGAAACGACAGGAGCGACCACGUUGGCUGUAUUAAUGGGUUAGCACCCUGGACUUGCAAUGCAGAGAUCGCCGCUUCGAGUCCAUCUCCCGGCACGGCAGCUGCAAGAUUGGGGCGAGCUCCCUCAGGAUCCCACCGGCUUUGUCCGCCCUGCAGCGCGAAUGGGUUCGCCGUAGUGAGCGUUUGUGUGGUGGGGCAAAGUGCAUAAUUGCAGGGUCAGGGGUGAGUAAAGACUCCCCCCCUAAGGCUCGCUUGUGGCGGGGCCUCCAGAGUAGCAGCAGCAGUGACGGCGGCAGCGGCAACAGCGCCCCAGAGCACGAUGGGGAGUACCCCGGGCACCAUCGGUACGACCGAGCCUACCGUGCCAGUACCCGUGGACACGCACACGUGCUACGGGGCGCGUCCCCACAGCUCGGUGCUGCAGGGCAGCCCCAUGGGGGGCAUCCCCACCGUCUUCUUAGCCAACCUGGUCGUCGCUCUGACCCUUGUGCUGGUGUUCUCCUACCUGCGCAAGGCAGCUUGGAACUACGGGCGGCUUGCGCUGGUGUCGGAGAGAGAUAGCCUGGCGUCCCUCUUCUACAGCGAGACAGACCGAGAGGGCUCCAUGUCAGAGGCCAGCUUUUAUGAAGAGGAGGGCCACUACAAGGGCAUUUUCUCUUGGAUAAGAGGCAGCUUCAGGGUCAGCCAGGAGGACUUCCAUGCUCGGUGCGGCGUGGACGCUGUUUACUACCUCUCCUUCCAGCGCUACGCCAUCGGCCUGCUCUGCAUCAUCACCGUGCUCUCGAUGGGUGUCAUCCUGCCCAUCAACAUCUCUGGAGAUAUGAUGGGUGGUGACAUUUACAACUUUGGCCGUACAACGAUCGUCAACAUAUCUCCAUCAAACAAUAUCCUGUGGGUUCACACCACAUUCACAGUCCUCUACUUCUUCAUCACCGUGGUUUGGAUGCAGAGGCAUCGACGGCUCGUUGACCACAAGCACGAAAACAUGGAGAUGAGAACCUUGUUCAUCACUGGACUACCGAAAGAAAUAACCAACUCAGCUAUCGUGGCCGCACACUUCCACGAGGCAUACCCGGGCUGCACCGUGACGGGGGUACAGUUCUGCUACGACGUUCAACGACUCAUGAAGCUGGACACUAAAAAGCGGCGAGCCAUGCAGGGCCGACUCUACUGCCUGUCCAUGUCAAAGAAGGAGCGGGCACCCGUCAUGGUGCGAGUCCGCGCCCAGGGCUGCCUCCGCCUGUGCGACAUCUGCGGCAUCUGUCGGAAGGUGGACGGCGUCCAGUACCACAGCGAGCGCGAGGAGGCGCUCACGGACGAGUGCGAGAACGAGAAGAUGAGGGUGCUCACCAAGCCGCUGGGCAUGGCCUUCGCCACCUUCCAGGACGCGAGCAUGACCCAGGCCAUCCUGCGCGAGUACGGCUUGUGCCGCUGUCUGCGUCGACCCACGCGCUCCCGGGUGAGCGACUCUCUCCGCUCGUCUCGCUGGCAUGUGAGCUACGCGCCCGCUCCGCAGACCAUCUGCUGGGAUAACCUGUCGGUGCAGGGUUGGGUCUGGUGGCUGCGCUUCUUCCUCAUCAACGUCCCCCUGUUCGUGCUCAUCUUCUUCCUGACGACGCCCUCGAUCAUCAUCAGCAGCAUGGACAAGUGGAACGUCACGCGCACUGUGGAGGACCUCAACAACCCUCUCAUCAGCCAGUUCUUCCCGUCCAUUCUGCUGUGGAUUUUCUCAGCCACACUCCCCUUCAUCGUCUACCAGUCCACGACCUAUGAAGCACACUGGACAAAGUCAGCCACAAACCAGUGUCUAAUGCACAAGACUUACACUUUCCUCAUCUUCAUGGUGCUCAUUCUGCCAUCGCUGGGCCUGUCCAGUUUUGACGUGUUCUUCCGCUGGCUGUUUGACAAGGACCUGCUCAAGUCUGGCACCAUCCGCUUCGAGUGCGUAUUUCUGCCAGACAACGGCGCGUUCUUCGUGAACUACGUGGUGACGGCGGCGCUGCUGGGCUCGGCGGCACGGCUGCUGCGCCUGCCGGAGCUGGCGCUGUACGGCCUGCGCCUGUGCCUGGCUCGCUCGGACGCACACCGGCAUCACGUGCGCAAGCGCUGCUGCUACGAGUUCCCGUACGGGCUCGAGUACGCGUGGACGAUGUGCAUCAUAACGGUCACCAUGUCCUACAGCGUCAUCUGUCCCAUCAUCACGCCCUUCGGCCUCCUGUACAUGGUGCUGAAGCACUACGUGGACCGCUACAACCUGUUCUUCACGUACCUGCCCGCCAAGAUGGAGAAGAAGACCCACAAGGCAGCGGUGACCCAGCUCCUCAUGGCCCCCCUGCUCUGCAUCCUCUGGCUCCUCUUCUUCUCCAUCCUGAGGCUCGGCCUCCGCAGGCCCAUCACCAUGUUCCUGAGCGAGGUGCUCGGCUUCGCCGGCGCCACCGUGCUCCUCUGGCUGCUGUACAAGGCACUGGAGCGCUUGCUGCGGUCACGCCAGCCGACGGUGGUGGAGCCGCCCGUGGGAGUGGAGGACGACGCGGAGGACGCGAGCUCGCGGUUGUCCCCAGCCGUGCCGCUGUUUGUGGCCGAGGUGCUGCGGGAGCCGACGCUGGACCUCUCGCUGGCCGACUCGCCGAGCCGCCACUCGUACGGAUCGCUGGCGCCCAACUCCCCCUCCGAGGCGCAGCCCGGCCCCGACGGAGCGCCGACGCCGGCCGCGACGCCGGCCUCGACUCCGAGGCCCGCGGACCCCCACCCGGACCCCCACGACGCGCCCCACCACGCGCAGCCCCCCAAAGAGCUGUGCGACUUCUGCGCCCGCGGCAACGCCGGCGGCGGUUACGACGGAGACUGAUUGCCGGCCCCGCCGGGACGUUGUUGGACGGUGGCGUUUCAUUGGACGGGGGGCUCCGGUGCUCGCACUGGGCCCGGUUUUAGGGGCGGCCACCGACGCGCUACGACGCUUGCCACGGCAGAACUCCCAUCGUGGGCAGGGCUCCUCCCAGGAGAUGUAACGAUCCGUUACUUUGUAUUGUUUGGUGCCGGGUGGGCUCACACCCCUCCUCCCCAAAGGGGAGAGGGACGAGCCUCCGCCCACACCACGUGACCCCUCUGCCACCAUUUAUUUUAGGGACGUUUGCUAUCCGAGCUAACGUUUAGGGUCUUAUCUCCUGCAUCUUUAGGCAAACAACUGGUCCAUUACGACGGUGAGCUCUGUAGUUAAAGGUGUAACGCUACAAGGGUAGCCAUUGCCCCUGUGUCGGUGGCAAAGGCCAUGACGAGCUGCACGUGUUCGCUUGCCUCCUCCAAGGCUGUAGUCUCAGCCCCCGCCUUGCGCUUUAGCAUUGCCUUUUGAGCUGAGUAUGCAACAUACGACCCUGCCCUGGGGGACAGGGAGACUUGCUGAGUAGAAUUUCCUAGCUUCCCUGUUUGUGGACCUGUCUACCAAGUCUGGAAGGGACAGUGAUGGAUCAUCUGACACUUCAUGUUGGCCUCUGGUAGAGUGCUUCUGCGAUCCACAGACCUGGGACAUUUCUAAAUUUUAUCGACAUGCUCGGGUCAAUGUUAGCACACUGCUAGCACGAGUGCUUCUGAAACACUCUUAACGAGUUUCUAAAGGCUACGCCUGUGCUGGUUUCUCCUAGUUGUUAGAUUUACUACCGUGCUAGGGAUGAUGUUUGCAUCCCGGCUAAUAAAAAUCGGCGUCGUUAAGUACAUAACGAGUAAGUACUUAACAAUACCGGAACUGACUACGUUUCUGAACGACUAUCCAAGAAAACUUAAAACACUCGAGGAAAUGGCGGCGGUAAGGGUCACGUGGUGCUGGCGGAGGCUGGCCCCCCACCUUGCACUGCAAACAAUGAAUACGUAUUUAUGUUUUGUGGGUGCCCGGCAUCAGAUGGAGUUCUAUAGUGAUGAGUCGGAGCGUGCCGGUGGCCGCCUUACGAAUAAACUGUGUGGGUUGGCGCUUUUCUUUUACUUUAUGACAGCCCUGCAGAUCGCAUACAGGGACAAUGGCACAUGCAUCGGUGCCAUAUUCAUAAAAUUUUAGCCACAAGUUGCAUUCUUGUUUAUAUUGUUUGUAUCUUUUCAUGAGCGAAACCUUUUCUAUCUCAACUUACGGUAAUUCCUCAUUGAACGCGGUGGAUGCGUUCCUGAAAAGUACCACGUGAAGCAGAAAUGCGUCCAUCAAAAUUAUUUCUCCAUUAAAAUAACUUAAUGAUGAAGUUUGGCAGGGUUGACAAGAUACGAUGUACGCACACUCGGUGAGAUGGCAGGACAAAGAUCUGAGAUGAGGGUAUGCUACGUACCAUAUCUAUCCACGCGUAUGCCCUUAAUUCCCAAACCGCUCAGCCGCGUAGUUUAAGAAAGUAGUUGGUCGUCCACCGCUCAGAAACCGCUUCACAACGGGGCGUGUAGCACAUUGUGUGAAAAGUGUACGUUAAAAGUAGUGCCGUGUUAUAGGAAAAGCACAUUGUGUGAAAACGAGUUAUUGCCGUGUAUGUUUUAGUCCAUUGGCCUAUUAGCUCACCAGACCAAUAUUAUCCAGCAGAGUUGUGUUAAGCCAGUAAACUGUGGACCAGUGUUGACCAUCUGGGUCUCAUCAGCAGUCAGGCUUGUUAAACAAAGGCUGCUGACUUGCUCGACGUUAUUGGCAGGAGCACGGCCUCUCAACAAUGGGGCCCGGGUUUACGCAACAAUAUUGGUCUAGAAAGUUUGAUGGACUAACAAAUAAAAUCUUUAUUUAGAAACCGAAAAGAGUCAUGCUUUUACCCAUAAUGCUCUGCAAGAAUGCUCCAUUAGUUUAAAAGUAAUGGGUUGGAAUGGGGGGAUUUUUUUACGAUACAAAAAGUAUUUUUAGGGUGGGCAGCUCAUUGAACCGAACUAAGGCAUGCCAGUGAGACAUUUUCCAGGUGUGGUGGUGGUGCACACCUGUAAUUCAGCACCAAGAGGCAGGGUUGGUGGACCACGCUGGGAUAACGAUGUGCACGGGCAGUGAGGUGCCCGAGGAAGCAGUACAACCUCAAGGUUUCGAUCACACAGCACCUGUUUGCGGCGUGUGGGUGUUCUCUUUGAGUAUCCAUGCGAUUUCUCCAGGCACUGAUUUCUUACCGCAUAAAAUGCUCAAAAAAUGAAAUGGUCACACAUCCAAACUCGUAUAGUCUUGGUAGACUCAGCAAUGUUUCACUUGGAAAGGAUUUCAGAUGUAUUUACUGUUUGGUCUUUAUACUUUACAAAGGCCACAUUUCAUCUACGAUGGUGUUAAGAGUGCCCAUUAAAGGACACCCUAACAAACAAGACAAUUGUAUAUGUAGAGGUAGAGAUAAAAGUUGUUUUUCGAUUUAGGUUAAACUUUUGAAAAACGCAGUGGACACGGGGUACAUUGUCAUCUCCAACCAUUUGGUACUGAAGACGAGUGGGUGUGCUUUGCUGUGCGUUAACUCCACGUGUGAAUAUGAAACUUGUGCCAGCCUCCACCUCUGUACUUGUGCCGCCGAUUAGGGAUGCCCUGUUUAUUCCACAGCCGUAAACAGGUCUCGGCCCUGUGUUUUUGUGGCAGUCUUGUUUUGGUCUCUGCGGAUACUUGGUGCUGUGGGCAAGCAGACUUUAUUGAGUUAUUUUUUUUUACUUCUUAAAUGCCAUUUGAGAAUAGGUGGAAAUGAAAGACGAAUCUCCAUGGAAUGAUAAGCCGACUUGUACGAAAACAAUAUUUACAUUUCGGUCUAAAACUGUGAAGCCAUAUUGUGCACUGCAGCGAAGUCGAGCGUCCCUGUACCCAUGCCUCGCUGAUGCUUUCCACCUUCAACUGUGGAAAGUGAACGGUGACCUUUGUGUGCGAGGUGGCUGGGUGGCGCUAAGGUCGGUCACUUCACGUUGAGGUGCUGAGUCUGCACGACUCAUUCCUGGGCUCUAGUCCGGGUUUGCAGCCGCCCACACUCGAACCAACUUCUCAAGCUGGAGCGAGUUGUGGAGCAUCGGUGACCGGUCUCAGCUCGGUCGGCAAUCGCCAAUAAUUAUAACUGGUUUGGUACUUCCAUAUUGUAUUACAGCUUUGUGACUAACAAAACUGUAACUUUGAUUGUCAUGCCAUGGACGCUCUUUACAGGUAAAAGUGUGCAGAGUUUGAGUACGACAGAGAUGACAAUUACGCUACAAACUGUGAGAGUUCCAAAUGGGAUCGUUUUAAUUUCCUGACGUGAUGCCAGAUAUUGCGGUUGUAAUGUAAUUGGGGAAAUAAACAAAAACAGUCGCUGUUGUGUCAACUGGCAGCGUGGUUCCAAUCAUAGUCAAGGUGAACUUCCACGUCAGGUUCAGGGCCACAAACAGAGGUGAGCACUCCCCAAUGCGUGUUGAUUCGCCGUGGACACACUUUGUCUUUUGUAAACAAGUUUAAGUGUAGGGGCAAUGGAAUAUUGUGCCGACAAAGAAGGUGAAAGUGAAAGCACAAGAGGAAGGCUCUUAGUGCAUCAUGAAGAGUACACGAUGUGGAUGACCAAGCAGAGGAGAGGGCACGUGAGACGCCCUCUCGUGCUCCGUGCCCAAUGCAAACUGCCACGUGGUGGUCGCUGCCACGCGAAGCUGGCGUGGGUGGCAAGUCUUCUACGUGUCGAAGGCACUUGCAUAGGGAUCUACUAAAAUUGCACCAUUUCAAUUGGUGUAGAGCGUUUAAAACAACGCCCAUGGAACGCGCGUAGUGCAUUGAAAUCCCACGAAUGGUCACUUCACUGCAGUAGAAUUGGCAGUAAGGUCGCUUAAAUAGAUCUCACUGUGAAUGGUGCUCAUUUUGAUAGAUCCCUGCAUCUUGAGAUAGUCGUAUUUAGAAGACACGUCGUAAAGUCACAUGGUUCCGUGAGUCAAAAUACGGUGUUGGUAAGUAAGCGUCAAAGGUGAUUUACGCCUCAAACGGCGCCUGCAUCUGUGUGAGCAGUGUUGGCUACGGUGCCACUGUAAAUAAAAAAUACGUUCCUUUAAAGGGUUAACAAGCCAUCUUUUGACUUUGCUAAAAUGCUACUGGGCACAGGGUCCAUGGAGCCGGAGGUGGGUGGCAUGCACUUGCCGACGGUAUUCCGAGAGGGGACACAGCGCGAUUCACGGGGGUGGUUGAGUGGCUCAAGGCGUAGGGUUCGAGUCUGGGCUCCAGAUUCACGUUCGUGACUCAACGCAGUGUUGUGAGAUGUCACAGCCCGGUUGCUCAACGACUGUCAUUGCUCUGUAGCAGUGGUGGACAACCUGAGGCCCCUCCUCGUGGUGGCCUGGUCCCGGUGUGUCUGGGGUGAUGCGUGAUGUCAAGCGUGCGGACCGCUGGGGUGGAGGUGGGCUGCUUCACGUGGCCCACUGACUCGUCUCGGUUGCCCACCAUUGCUCCGUACUCUGUAAUUGUUUGUGUUUGACAAUGUAUUUGGCCAAGCCUGAAUCUGAGGCUCCAAUUGGGUGAUGGUAAUUCGACAACAACGGCAAAACAGCCAAACGUCCUCAUGUAGACCAUCCUGAAAGAAGCGUGCCUGGAUAAAUUAGCGAUAUUAUUGAGAUCCUGUUAACGACCUCAUCAAGCUGGAUGGAAUUCAUCUCCAGAGCACCGAGAUUACUCGCAAACGCGCUGGUGUGCUGAAGCAGUGAGACAUUGGGCCCAUUGGAUUCACGUGACAGUUUUAUUAAUAGACCGUGUCGGGUGGAGGACGGUUUACGACACACUUUUUAACACCAAAGUAUUAUUGUCUGCAAACAGCAUACGUAUAAGCACCAUUUUCGGUGUCUUUUGGAAAUCUCGAUCUCUUGGAGGGGCACUGAAACAUUCUCUUCGAGUCCUCAUAAUCCUAUUGGAGUAUUCCUGAGUGAAGGCCUUCUGGCGGUAUGGAGGUGCAGACUGAACUCGUGUUGCCAUGUGACCCCACAACUCCACGUGGCAAGCCUCAGGCCUGACGCGUGAAGCAAAGUCCCCUUGAUUUCAGGAAGAAUUAUCCCCGCCACGAAAAAUCACGGAUUAGCAUUGAGUCGCCCCCUCCAAACUAAAUUGGAGGGCUGAUUAUUAAAGAUCAUCUGUGUUAUCUAAACACAAUGACAAUUUUAAAAACGCACCACAACACAAGAAGUCGUGCAAUGCAGCCAUAAUCCAAUGUACAUUGAUCACAGAACCGCAUUGUUGUUGUUUUUUGUAGUAAACAUUGAGUGGCUGUCACAACCGGCUGACUAAACCGACGCUCUCGCUUGUAAGAAACAUCUAAAGUCUGGGGCUUUGGUAUAUUACAACAAAGUGUGUUUUGGCGAUAUGUUUUUUAAGUUGUCAAUUUACGUUUGAUGCUUUUAAAAUGCCAAGUUACCUAGACUGGCAUUUUAGGAGGAAGUGAUAUAGUUUGUUUUGCUGAUGUAAACUGUGACAGCAUGGCCCCCCGUUGGUGAAUGUAAAAGGUUGUUUUUCUAUGAAUAUGCUUGUUUAAAUAUGCCUCUAUAGACAUCGUCCAAGUACGUUGCACAGCCCUUUUGUUAAUCAACUGCUGGAUGAAGGCCUCCCCAAACGCGUGUGGCUCGUGGGGGUUAUUUGAUCAUACUUCACCACGCUGGUCAUUGUGGCAUUGGGAGCAUAGAAGUACGGUACGCAAGUGGAUGUUGCUGCCCACCGCGUGGCAAGUCCCGUAGUCACCUUGCGCUUCUGCGACCGUCUGGAACGCUCUUCCUUCGGAUGUUAGGAAGCCACUGGAGCUAUGCACUUUUAAAUCAUCUAGAUUGAAAACUGUAGAACUGCUUUUCGUAUUUAGUUUGCUGUCCUUCCCCGCACCUUAAAUGAUCACGGUUGGCUGCGUACAACAAUACGUGGUCAUCCAUCCGAACGCCAUCUAGACUCUGCCCUGCUUAGCUUCCGAGAUCUGACUUGCUCGGGGCAUAUUCCGGGUGAUACGGUCAUUGACCUGUAAACAUGAUACAUUAUUUAUUCACAGCAACAACAAAAUUAUCGUACAAAGUAUUUGCGGUCGGAAUUGAGAUGAAGCCACGCCAAUUAUGCGAAACUCGUACACGGUGGGCUGUUUAAGUCAGCACAGAGUGUAAAAGACCUGCUAUGUUUUUUGUACUUGUUUUAGAGGCAUAUUACGGUAUAUUGUGACGUUUAAAGUUUUGUGUUUUUGGAAGUGGUAAAGCUUUUGCAAAAUCUAA